AUGCGCACUAAAAGGCGCAGGAGGGGGCGGGGCGGCGGACUCCACGGUGGCUCGCGGCCUCUCCCGUACCCAGCUCGCCCCGGCGCCGCGCGCCCAGUGACGUGUAAAAGAAGCGACUCUCGCCUAGGCCCCGGCGAUAAUCUACGGAGCGCCGGGUCCGCCGGCCCAACGGCCAUGGCCUCCGUCGGGGUGGUCUCCGGGCGACCGGCAGAGGAGACGCUGCCGCAACCGCAGGAGCCACCGUUGCAGGAGCAGAAGCCCCUGCCAGCUCCCCAGCCGCCGCAGCAGCAGCAGCAGCAACCGCCACAGCAGCAGCCUCCGGCGUCGGUUUCUCUUCAGCCCCCUCCGCCCCCGGGCCUCAAGGAGGAAGAGACCUACUCUUUCCUGCCUUUGGUACAUGACGUCAUCAAAUGUAUGGACAAAGACAGCGUUGACAUGCACCAGGAGUUGACUGCUCUCAAGACCAAGUUCCAAGAGAUGAGAAAAGUGAUUAGCACUAUGCCCGGUAUCAAUUCAAGUCCAGAACAGCAACAGCAGCAGCUGCAGAGUCUGCGGGAACAAGUCAGAACCAAAAAUGAACUUUUGCAAAAAUAUAAGAGUCUCUGUAUGUUUGAAAUCCCCAAAGAAUAAAGCAGGCAUGUUACAGUGA